GCUUAAUUUAUCUCCUGCACAGCUGGAUUUGGUUGCAGAAUUUUACAGUGAAAACACAACAUUUCUCUUCCUAGGAGGUAUGUUGCAGAGCGUAAAGGGACUGUUUCAUGUUCCACCUUUUCAUGACCUCUGAUGACCUCUCAGUGACUCUGUGGUGUCCUGUAAAUCUUUGAGAUGAUCUCCCUGCAGCCAACCUGGCACACCUCUGAGUGAUGAAGGCCUCAAACACAUUCCUCAUCCUCUUCCUCAUUUACAGAACUCUGUGUCUGUUGUGUGUGUCAGGGGGAAGUGUGGAGGAUAUGAUGGAGAAAUAUAUCCGCUACAGGAAUGAAUGUCUGCAACAGAUGAGUACAGAACCCCGACCCAAAGGUGUGUUCUGUGGACGUAUGUUUGACAAGUACGCCUGCUGGUCAGAUGGAAAACUUAACUCCACAGUUAAGGUGCCCUGCCCCUGGUACCUGCCCUGGUACAAUCAAGUGCGUAAUGGCUUUGUGUUGCGGAAGUGUGGUCCUGAUGGUCAGUGGACCACCGAUAUCUUCAACCGCACCUGGAUGGACCCUUCUCAGUGCAAAAAGGACAACAGCCACCAUGAAGCUCAGGAGAAGCAGAUGAUGAUCUUAGCCUACUUCAGAGUCAUGUACACAGUUGGUUACUGUGUUAGUCUGGCCAGUCUCUGUCUGGCUUUGAUUAUUCUGGUGUUCUUCAGGAAGCUGCACUGCACCAGAAACUACAUCCACACCAACUUGUUUGCAUCAUUCAUUCUGCGAGCUGUCUCCAUCCUGACCAGAGAUGCUCUGCUGAGCAGAGACACUCCUGAGUUCAUAAAUAGCAGGGACUUCUUGGAAAUACUCAGUGAUCAGGCAGUGUCUGGCUGCCGCGUGGCCCAGGCGCUGAUGCAAUACUGUGUGGGAGCCAACUACUACUGGCUGUUGGUGGAAGGCCUGUAUCUGCACAACCUACUGGUGAUGAUGGUAUUCCCUGAAAACCGUUACUUCUGUGGAUAUCUACUCAUAGGCUGGGGCACACCAGUGUUCUUUGUGGUUCCUUGGAUUAUUGUACGUUACCUGUUUGAAAACACUAGGUGUUGGGAGAUCAAUGAGAACAAGGUGCACUGGUGGAUAAUCCGCACUCCCAUCCUGCUCGCCAUUCUGGUGAACUCAUUCAUCUUUAUCCGGAUCAUCCAUAUUCUUGUUUCAAAACUGAAAGCUCAUCAAAUGAGAUACACUGACUACAAAUUCAGACUGGCCAAAUCCACCCUGACCCUGAUCCCGUUGCUGGGGAUCCAUGAAGUGGUCUUUGCAAUGUUGACAGAGGAUCACACGGAUGGCAUCCUCCGCAACAUCAACCUCUUUUUCCAGCUCUUCCUCAACUCUUUCCAGGGUUUACUUGUAGCCAUCCUCUACUGUUUUGUCAACAAGGAGGUGCAGGCAGAGAUAAAGAAGAAAUGGCAGAGGUGGCAGCUGGGGAUGACCGACCUUGAUGACCUCAGAAACACUGGCAGCAACAUACCACAGGUUGGUGCCAGCAUGCCACCAUCUAGCCAGUGCCACCAUCAGUCUCCCUGUCUGCCGCCUGCUCAUAGCCAAGAGGACAGCCACUUCUCCGUCUCGCCCAACUCCUCUACCUCGCCUCACCCUCAGCUCCCCUUUCCUCGCCCUUACACCCACCAGGACCAGCUGGGAGCCAGACAGCUGAAGACCUACUGCUAUAUCUCUGCUCAUAGACAGGAUGGAGGAGAAGGAGGAAAUGAGGAGAAGUGUUGUGAAAGCUACUGCUGAAGCAAAAUAAGGAAAUAUCAGUGAUUAGUGCGGUCAAGCCAAUUAGUCUCACUAACCAAAUGACUGCGAGGAUUUAUGAGGUCACAAUUGUAGAAUUAAUCAGAAAACAUUUCAUUUAAAUCUAAAGACACUCUUGGACUGUUGUACGUGUAUUUCAUUGACCCUGUUGAAAUGUCUUAAAGCAACAGCAUUUCCUGGUGUAGCUGACACUGAUCUCUGACCACUCUUUCAAAGGGAAAAUUUAAGACAAUUUCCAUUUGUGGAUCCUUUGAACUCAAGGGCUCAUGUCCUUCAGUGUAAAUCAACAACUGACAGGACUCAUCCUCUCUGAUUUUAUUCCCACUGAGGAAGCAACAUGAGUUUCUACCGCUGAAAUUGUUUUGUGUUGAAAGAUGGAAAUGGGCCAAAACAAUGUUUAAUUGAACAAUUUUACUGUAAAGUGGAUAUCAUCAGUAUUAAGCCAAAUCUCCAGUCACUCAUCUAAGGUACCAUUGUUUCAAAAGUCAUAUCAACCCUAAAAAAUAUUCAUCUCAUUACACUCCCCACAGUACACUAUAGCAUGUUAUAGGAUAAUUUCCUGUUGUUUGGU